CUGCAGCGGGCGACACAGCUGCUCUAGCGUUUCUAGCCUGCCCUCCUGUCUCCUGUACAGCUACAGCGCUACUAGUUAGCCACAGGACAAGAUCCCUGCUCUAGGCUUCAAGACAUGUUCGUCUUCAAGAGUUCCACUCAUCCCAGUGAGUGAAAUGGGAACAAGUUAGUCUAUUGAUAACCUACAAACGCAGGUGGUCUAGUCACAGCUGAUGAGUGUGAUGAUGAUGAUGAUGGGAGGAGGCUACUGCAGCCGAAGGUGCAACCCCCCACGCCAGUGCUAGUACCCGUCUCCAGUCUCCAACCCCUGGUUCCUCUGCCAGCCCUGGUCCCACUUGGCACCACCUCUGGCCCCACCAUGGCUAACCACCUGGAGCUUCUCAAUGAGCUGCAGCAGCUGGACAAGGUGCCGAGCCUUGAGCGCCUGAGAGCUGCCCAGAAGCGCCGCACACAGCAGUUGAAGAGAUGGGCCGUGUACGAGAAGGAGAUGCAGAACAAGAAACGCAAGGCGGAAAAGAGAAGGAACGCUAAUCAUGCCACCGCCAUGGAGGCCAAACGGCACGUAUCGUUUGCUGCUAGUGUGGCGCUGCUAGAGGCCUCGGCACGGAACGAUCCUGAAGAAGUACGUUACCUGUUGAAGAACAACGUCAGUCCAGACCUGUGCAACGAGGACGGUCUCACUGCUCUGCACCAGUGCUGUAUUGAUAACUAUGAGGAGAUGGUGAAGAUCAUGUUGAAUCGUGGAGCCAGUGUAAACGCCAAGGACAAUGAACUGUGGACCCCACUACACGCUGCUGCCACCUGUGGACAUGCAGGACUGGUCAAGGUCCUCAUUCAACAUGGAGCGGAUCUGUUAGCGGUGAACUCUGACGGCAACAUGCCCUAUGACUUGUGUGAAGAUGACCCCACACUGGACAUCAUCGAGACCGCCAUGGCCAACAGAGGCAUCACCCAGGAGAUGAUCAAUGAGACCCGGGCGUCUGUAGAGAGGAGGAUGAUGGGAGAUAUCCAGGACCUGCUGACGGAGGGAGAGGACGUCAACCACCAUGAUUCACAGGGAGCUACUCUGCUCCACAUUGCAGCAGCUAACGGUUACGUCCAGGCUGCAGAGCUGCUGCUGGAAGGAGGGGCCAGGAUGGACCUCAGAGACACUGACGGAUGGCAGCCGCUCCACGCUGCAGCCUGCUGGGGUCAGAUGCAUGUAGCAGAGCUGCUGGUUUCUCACGGUGCCAGUCUCAAUGCCAAGACCUUCCUAGAGGAGACUCCCAUUGACCUGUGUGAGGACGAGGAGUUCCGAGCCAUCCUGCUGGACCUGAAACACAAACAUGACAUCAUCAUGAAGUCUCAGCUUAAACACAAGACCUCCCUGUGUAGGAGGACCUCCAGCGCAGGCAGCCGUGGGAAAGUGGUGCGGAGGGCAAGCCUGUCUGACAGACACAACCUUCGUGUGAAGGAAUACGAGACUGAGGCCAUCGUAUGGAGAGGAGGGAGGGAAGGAGGGAGGGAAGGAGGGAGGGAGGAGCAGGAGAAGGAGACGGACCAGGAGAACAGCCAUCCCAUCAAUGAAACUGUUACUACGGUGAUGCCAGUGAAGCCAGUAGUGGAGAGACCCAAACUACAGAAGACCUUGAAAGAUGCUCCUAGCGGCAUCAUCAAACAAAAUGGCAUCAUCUCCACGACGACGUCCACGCCCACUCCCAGUCAGCUGCCGCCAACCAAUGACGAGCCUCCAUCCCCUGACACGAAGAGCGCGUCAGCCGAUCAGCUCCCAGAGGACUCCUCCUCCUCCUUGCCCAGAGAGCGUUCUCAGACCCUGUCGGAACUGAAAAAGCAGAGGUCGGCCGCCAAGCUCCUCAAUCACCCGCUCCUCAACGGUCACCUAGGAAACGGCUCCACAGAAUCCACCGAACCCCAGAGCCCUGUGGACUCCCGUAUGCCCCUCGUCUCGUCCAAUGGCAGUACAGUAUAUUACACCCCGGCAAGUGGUGACCCGCCCAUUCUCAAACUCAAACAGCCAAUAGAUGAUGAGGAACCAAAGGAAGGCAGCUGCUGCUGUGUCUCCUAGGGAGGAGGUGGAGGUCACCCCAUGACACUGAUCUAAGGUCAGGCUUACUGUGUUUUCCUCCAAUGGAUUAAGGUUAGGGUUCGGGGAGGGAAAGCUGAUCCUAGAUCUGUGCCUAAGGGAAACUUCUUCCCGGAUAGAGCGUGUCAGAGCAGGAUGGUCUUGUGACUGUGGAGCAGGAAGCAGGAAGAGAUUUCACAGAGGGAGACCAAAAGGCAGAGCAAAGGUCCUCAAAGGUCCUAGAUGGCAAUGGGAGUGGAGCUGGUCCAGCCAGGUGAUUGGUUCCUGUCCCUCCCCACUGUUUAACACUCCAGGCCAGGCCAGUAUGGAGCAUACCCUUACUCUGGAAAAUGACCGUCCUGAUAGGACGUGAGGAAUCCAGGCCAGAUUAAUUGGGGAGGAGCCACUGUGAUAGCUUGUGGUUGAUGAAGAGGGCCAGGAGGUGGAACAAGAUGGCCCCUAGCCCCUACGAGAAGGCAGGUCUAGUGCCCUAUAAAGGAAUAGAUGUCCAGGCAGUGUGCUCUCCCAUGUUAACCAUAUCUGGUGUCUUACAACUUUUGACUGAAUCACUGUUUUCAAACCACAUUCCUCCUUGUAUCCACUGUUUCUGAAAGUGUAUGAGGGGGGAAAAACAUUGCAAAGAUCCACUCCACCAUAUCAGAAUACACUCUCAGUAUUAUUACUGUACCUGUGUUGAUCCACUGAGUAGCAAGAGGGAAGGGUCGUCUUUCCUAAGACGUAUUCUUGUUGAAACGCUGACUAUUUUAGCAAAGGGAAGGAAUGGUUAAUACGGUAACAGAACAGUAUUACUGACUGUCAACCAUCUAUCUGUUCCUGUGAAGGAUGAUAGGAUUACUGCACUAAAGACAUUUGAAACAAUGCACCAUUGAACUCUGUCUUCUCUUGCUGACCGUCCAUAUCCAAACGGACAGUGAUCAAGGUGGUAGAAAGGGGGUUUCAUAUGCCCCAUGUCUUAUUUGUUGGUCAUUUAAGAAAAAGAAUAUUGUUUGUUUUUGUUUGUUUAUUUAUGAAGAUGAAUAUAAUGUAUAAAGGCUAUGGUUAUACAGUGUAUUAAUUCUAUCUACGGAGAGUGAAUGCAUUAGAAUGAGCUGGUACAUUUACAGUAUGUCUUACUCUCCUGUGAUCCCAGGUCUGGUUGUACUGUCUGUACCAACGUCAUCUGUGCCACUGUCAUGGAGUUGGCAGAUCUGGGGUCAGGCUAGAAGCACUUCACCUUUUUUACAAUGUAAAUGUCCCUGUGGAGUUAACAAAAUGAGGUUAUUAUCCAGUCAUCUGUGUUUAGCCAGGCACUGCAUCUGUUUAUCCUCAACCAUACCUGGCUAGCUUGUUUAAGGGUGCACCAACAUACAACUGGAAUACAAGCAUUUCACUACACUCGCAAUAACAUCUGCUAAUCAUGUAUAUGUGACCAAUAAAAUUUGAUUUGAUAUCUUCUUUGUAUUUGAUAUGGUCAGUACAACACACACAGUAGAUACAGUGUUGUCUAGGGAACUGAGGAGUGUGUUUAAAUAACCAUUGUAUGAUAUUGUCACAGACACUGUAGCGUCUCUAACACAAGUGUUCGUUAAUAUGAAAUAAAAAAUACUGUCAUGUAUUAAGUAUGAUAUUGAUUCACCCAGCCUCAGACAGUGCUUGAGAACUGAGAGACUUAAACCUAGUACACUAUAACAAUUACACUAGCAAUAGUUAACUCUUAUCACCACUAACUCAGACAAGGUGUGUGGUAUUGUAGUGUACAAACAUUACAGCUACUACAUCUACUUUUCCCCCUGGAAUUAAAGCAGCUACCUUCUAAACAAGGCUAAACCCCUCCACAAUGGGAAACAACCCUGGAAUUAAAGCAGCUACCUUCUAAACAAGGCUAAACCCCUCCACAAUGGGAAACAACCCUGGAAUUAAAGCAGCUACCUUCUAAACAAGGAUAAACACCUCCACAAUGGGAAACAACCCUGGAAUUAAAGCAGCUACCUUCUAAACAAGGCUAAACACCUCCACAAUGGGAAACAACCCUGGAAUUAAAGCAGCUACCUUCUAAACAAGGCUAAACACCUCCACAAUGGGAAACAACCCUGGAAUUAAAGCAGCUACCUUCUAAACAAGGCUAAACACCUCCACAAUGGGAAACAACCCUGGAAUUAAAGCAGCUACCUUCUAAACAAGGCUAAACACCUCCACAAUGGGAAACAACCCUGGAAUUAAAGCAGCUACCUUCUAAACAAGGCUAAACACCUCCACAAUGGGAAACAACCCUGGAAUUAAAGCAGCUACCUUCUAAACAAGGCUAAACACCUCCACAAUGGGAAACAACCCUGGAAUUAAAGCAGCUACCUUCUAAACAAGGCUAAACCCCUCCACAAUGGGAAACAACCCUGGAAUUAAAGCAGCUACCUUCUAAACAAGGCUAAACCCUCCACAAUGGGAAACAACCCUGGAAUUAAAGCAGCUACCUUCUAAACAAGGCUAAACACCUCCACAAUGGGAAACAACCCUGGAAUUAAAGCAGCUACCUUCUAAACAAGGCUAAACACCUCCACAAUGGGAAACAACCCUGGAAUUAAAGCAGCUACCUUCUAAACAAGGCUAAACACCUCCACAAUGGGAAACAACCCUGGAAUUAAAGCAGCUACCUUCUAAACAAGGCUAAACCCCUCCACAAUGGGAAACAACCCUGGAAUUAAAGCAGCUACCUUCUAAACAAGGCUAAACACCUCCACAAUGGGAAACAACCCUGGAAUUAAAGCAGCUACCUUCUAAACAAGGCUAAACCCCUCCACAAUGGGAAACAACCCUGGAAUUAAAGCAGCUACCUUCUAAACAAGGCUAAACACCUCCACAAUGGGAAACAACCCUGGAAUUAAAGCAGCUACCUUCUAAACAAGGCUAAACCCCUCCACAAUGGGAAACAACCCUGGAAUUAAAGCAGCUACCUUCUAAACAAGGCUAAACCCCUCCACAAUGGGAAACAACCCUGGAAUUAAAGCAGCUACCUUCUAAACAAGGCUAAACCCCUCCACAAUGGGAAACAACCCUGGAAUUAAAGCAGCUACCUUCUAAACAAGGCUAAACACCUCCACAAUGGGAAACAACCCUGGAAUUAAAGCAGCUACCUUCUAAACAAGGCUAAACACCUCCACAAUGGGAAACAACCCUGGAAUUAAAGCAGCUACCUUCUAAACAAGGCUAAACACCUCCACAAUGGGAAACAACCCUGGAAUUAAAGCAGCUACCUUCUAAACAAGGCUAAACACCUCCACAAUGGGAAACAACCCUGGAAUUAAAGCAGCUACCUUCUAAACAAGGCUAAACACCUCCA